CAGAAAACCCUAGCCAAUCAGUAAUACAACUAAACCCUAACUCUGAUCAACUCUUCGGCGACAAUGACAUUGCUUUUUCCGGUGAUUUUUAUGGAUUCUAACGGCAAAUCCACUAGGCUUACGCCUAAAAAAUGCUCCAAAAUUUCUGAGAAUUCGAACCCAAAUGUGGAGUUCAGUCCAGCUUUAUCAAAAUCUUCUAAAUCAGCCACGAAAAGUCAGAAAUCAAUUUCCAGAAACCAUAAUACUAAUCAAUUGGCUUCUUCUUCGCCCAAAAAUAAGAUUAGUCAGAGGAAGUUUGUAAUCGCGAAGAAGAAGAAAUGUAAUAAGGAUAAUCUGAAAUCUAAAAUGAUUUGUAAGUGUAAUAAGGAUGGUGCUGAGAUAAAAAAGUGUCUUUGUGUUGCUUAUGAGAGUCUCAGGGCUUCUCAAGAAGAGUUUUUUAAGAAUCGUUGUGGAAAUGAACAGGAAGAGUAUGACAUUGAGAAGUUAGAUGAAGUAAAUGGAGCUGAAAGUGGCGAUGAAGAGCGAAUUACGGGGUGUUACGUUGAUUCGCCAGUCAGGCACAUGUUGAGUCUGACUACAGUCGAUCAGGAGCUAACGAUUCCUGUUUCAAUUUCCGAGAGUGAAUUAGUUGACUUGCGCGAUAGUUCUGUGGCAGAUGAAUUGGCGGAAAGGGGCAACGAGGAUGUGGGUCGGCAUGAAAUGAGUGGUGGGACUAUAAAGAGGAGGAGGGAGAGGUUGUUGGAAGAAGCAAGACAAAGUGUACCUGAAACUGGUUCUGGAAGAGUGAAGCAUUUAGUUAAGGCUUUUGAGAAGCUUCUCUCAAUACCAAAAACAAAAGAGUGCAAGGAGAAAGGGGAAAAUGAUGAAAAUGAAGCAGAGGAUUCUAGUAAAGAACAAAAAUGGGCAUUGCCUGGCUUGCAGCCUCCCAAGAUUCCUGAGACACAUGUAUCUUCUUCUUCGUUUUGCCCAUCGGAUUUCUUCCUCAACUCUGAGAGCUUAGGCUUGGAUUCGCGUCAUGCCUCCUCGUUGGAUAGCAACCAUGGAUGCUUUAGUAUUUCAAGCAGGACUUCAGGUGGUGGUCGAAGGAGCAGACGCAAUGUAAGAAUUUUCUUAUUAUUAUCCAUCACAGUAUGA